CAAGAAUACGGAUCUGAGUUUCGUAAAGGUUCAAAGAAGGGAAAGCCUCGAGAAGUCGUACGACUACUCUACACCGGCAAAAACCAUUAUGAUCUACUUGUGUGACUUGACAUUCGCCACAGUCCGGACACAGAUGUGAAACGCAGACCAACCCAAAGACGAAACGAUAUAUGCAAAAAUUAGGGUUUUACGGCGGCAGAGAGAGAUAAAUGAGUAGUGGCCAGGAAGCAGGAGGAGGGGGGACGAGCAAUGGAGGAAUGUUGUACCACGAGGUACAAGAGUCGAAGCUAUGCGCUGUGCAUUGCGUGAACACGGUGUUGCAGGGUCCGUUUUUCUCGGAGUUCGAUUUGGCAGCCUUGGCGUCCGAUCUAGAUCGUACCGAGCGCCAGAUGAUGCUCGGCUCCGUCACCGGAGAUUUUCUCCCUGAGCUCUCGCAUAACGUCUCUCUCGAUGGAGACUUCAGCAUCCAGGUUCUACAAAAAGCUUUGGAAGUGUGGGAUUUGCAAGUAAUUCCCCUGGAUAGUCCCGUGGCUGAGCCUGCUCAGAUAGACCCAGAAAUGGAGAAUGCCUUUAUUUGUCACCUGCAGGACCAUUGGUUUUGUAUCAGGAAAGUGAACGGAGAGUGGUACAAUUUUGACAGCCUAUACCCGGCACCGGAGCACCUCUCAAAGUUUUACCUUUCCGCCUACCUCGACUCCUUGAAGGGCUUUGGCUGGAGUAUUUUCUUGGUAAGGGGAAAUUUUCCAAAGGAGUGUCCCAUGACAUCCUCUGAAACUUCCAAUGGCUACGGGCAGUGGCUAUUGCCCGAAGAUGCAGAGAGGAUCACCAAGUCAUGCAAUUCAGCAUCUAGAAUGCUUGAAGGAAGUACUACGCAACAGCUUUCUAAUCCCCGAGUCCAGUAUGAGGAGGCAGAAACGUUUGUAGAUGAUGAAGAUGAAGACUUGAAAGCUGCAAUAGCUGCCAGUCUGAUGGAGUCGUCUCAAGCAAUUGAAACGCAUCCUGGCAACUCAGGAAAUGAAAAGAAGACCAAUGAUUCAGAAAAAGCAUGACAUGACACGUCCAAGUUCAGCAACGAUACUCUUAGUUGUUUGCUCGCCGCUUUUGCAUGUACAUUGUUAUAUCUUUUGAAAAGAAACUGUAAGAACUUCUUUUAUCAGAAAACUACGAUGAUAUAGGGGAUUAUACCACCUUUUCUUAAACCAGAUACAGUUGAAAGCCUUUAUCAAUUACUAAGUCAAGGUUUCUCGCAUUGCAUUUUCCGGGUUCUGAAUCAUUAAAUAGUAGGCAUUCAGCUAUGUAAGUAUCUAAAUCAACAGAGCAAUCAUCAUCUUAGACA